CAAAAUCUCCCUGAGAAAACCCUAACUCUACCAUCACCAAGCCGCACCACCUACUGCAAUCUCCGCAUCAAAUACUCCAAGCUCCACCAUAGUCGGCGGCCGCACCAUCUAUCCAUAAAAAUGGCUUCAGCUUCUUCUGGAGAAGAAUUUGAGGAUGGACAUAAAGAACCAGUGGCAUCAUCACCACCACCACAUAAGAAAACUAGAGGCAUUAACACAAAGCUCAAGGAGGAUGCUCCAGGGGAAAUUGAGUUUAAUGAGUUGUCUUUACCUCUGGGAAAAUCAUUCCCAACUCUUUCUACUCAAGUUGGCAUAUUUACACGAAACCUUAUUAACAUCAAGUACAAAGAUUGGCGCACUGUACCACAAGAAGACAAAGAUCGACUAUGGCAUGUAAUUAGGCAGGACUAUAAUCUACCUGAUUACCCCUCAAGGAAAAAGAAAAUUAUGCAACAAUGUAGUAUGUCAUUUAAGCGAUUCAAAACAAGACUUCGGAAUGAGUUUAUGGAACGCGGUAAAAGUCCAUGUUCUUUGUACAAAUUCAUAGAAAAAUCUGACUGGGAAGCAUUUUUAGAAUUUGAAGCCACUGUUGAAAGAAAGUAACUUUUAUUAGUCCUUAAAACAUGUAUUGUACAUCAAUACUAUAUUUUAUUAUGUUUUCAAGAUUUCUAACCUCAUUUUUAACUUGUAUAUUAAGUUGGAACGUGAAAAAGGCAGAAAAAAUGCCCUUAAGAAAGAGAUUCAGACACAUUUAGGUCGGUUGGGCUAUCGAGGCAGUGAUGAAGCUUUAGCAACAGAAGCCUUGAAAGGAGGACUUGUUGGAAAGAUUCAUAAGUUGUA